AUGAUAAGUUCUUGGUUGAUGGACAACGAUUCAACAGAAUGGUCGGAGGACUUAAGAUAUGUCCAGUUUAUGAAAAACCGCGCCUUUCGUUCUGGAAUAAAACAAUCGCCUUACAAGGCCUUAUUUGGGAUUGAGCCUAGAAAUGGUGAAGAUGAUGAUGGCGGCAUUGUGGAUAUUGACACACAGAACAUUGAAGAUGCUACCAAGCUGCUAAUGAAGCGGCGGCGGAACAUCUUGAAAAGCAAACUAAAAAAAUGCAAGCAUCUUCGGACAAAUCCCAUCCACCCACCAACAUUGGAGACAACAUUAUUAUACCAAUUCCAGAAGUAA